AUGGGGCCUUCGUCUUCAGCAGCGCGGAAGCGAACCAUCACUCCGAAGAAAACAUUGACCAAGCUCCCACUUUCCAAGAAGCCCGCAAGGCCGAAUGCUAGCAUUUUGAAUUUUUUUCAGAAGACCGAGAAACCCGAACCGACUCUGUUCCUCGAUGGCCACGAUAAACUCGUAACCCCCCAGAACGGAGGAGGCGGAGAGAACGAGAUCUACAAUGCUGAACCAUGGGAGGAGGAUAAGCGAUUCAACGAGGUUGAGGCCCCGAGCAAGAGGAGAAGACUGAGCCAAGGGGAUGAGGAAAGCGAAGGAGAGCCGUUGGAAGAAAAAAAACUCGAAAGCCCCAUGCAAUCCGAACAAGCUGCAUUAUCGCCACCCUUGAGGACGAGACUCUCAACGAAGCAACAGGCGAAGCAUAAGGGCCCCUUCCUUGACGACUCCGAUAGCGAAGAAGAAUCUGGCCCGGCAAAAACGGCAGGGUUUCUUGGGACUAUCCGAAAUCGCCCGCCUAUUGUUCCGCCCCCCAAGUCAGAAGAAAACUCAACGAGCCCCGUCAAAUCGGAAGAGGAGGACCCGAUGCCGUUGAUUUCGUUGGGCAAACACGAGUCAACGCCGUCCGCAAAAGAGACUAGCUGUCCGCCACCGCCAAUGAAGGUUGAGGACUCGAUCGACGCUGAUUUUGCAAAUGUUGACGAAUUUGGUGACUUAGACGAAUUUCCCGACGGUGAAGACGUUGGCGGCGAAGAGUAUCGCAUGAUGCGGUUUAUGAAGGAGCAAGCCCGUUUAGAGGCUGAAAUUGAGGACGAAGCCGCCGGGAGUGACUCUCUCGACGGCCUCGUAGACCGUGGUCGACUGGGCGACGCCAUGGUAGCCAACUGCCCAAUAUGCGACGUUAGUCUUGCUGGCAUCACCCCCGACGAGGCAACACGACAUGUCAAUGCGUGCCUCGAUGGCAACCCGAUCCCACUUCCCCAACCCAACGAAACCAAAAAGCUCAAGAAAGGGGGCAUUGCUAGUCCGCCGAUGCCUGCAUCUCCAGAAGUCAGCAAACGAUUCGCACGCGCUGCUGUUCCCCGAGAAGGUCAAGCCAAUCCCUUCAACCUGGGCGAGGUUGAUAAUAAACCAACCUCUGCCUUCAGCAAGCUGAUGUCAGGUCAUGCUGAAGACGCUGCGUGGGCUGGCGCCGCUGCCGCAGAGCACUCGGCACGCGGCAAACCUGCAUACCAGCGAACCUGCCCGUUCUACAAAAUCAUGCCUGGUUUCUACAUCUGUGUGGAUGCCUUCAGGUAUGGUGCGGUCAAAGGAUGCAAUGCAUACUUCUUGAGCCACUUUCACAGCGAUCACUACAUUGGGUUGACUGCCAACUGGACGCAUGGCCCCAUCUACUGCAGCAAAGUCACCGGUGACCUGGUCAAGAUGCAGCUGCGUGUUGCUGCCCACUGGGUUCGGCCCCUCGAGUUCGAUGAGACAGUUAAGGUGCCAGGCACUGAGGGUGUGACGGUGACUAUGAUCUCUGCAAACCAUUGUCCUGGAAGUUCCUUGUUUUUGUUUGAGAAGAGCAUCGGGAAGGGAAACAGUGCAAAGAAGCAACGAAUAUUGCAUUGCGGUGACUUCAGGGCUUGUCCGGCACAAGUCGGGCAUCCUCUUUUGAAACCCGAGGUGCAGGACUCGAUUUCUGGCAAGACCAAGCAGCAAAAGAUCGAUGUUUGCUACCUGGACACGACUUACCUCAAUCCACGCUACUCGUUCCCGCCACAAAACGAUGUCAUCAAGGCUUGCGCAGAUAUGUGCAAGUCCUUGGCUCCGGAUCAGUCGUUGAUGGACGACACAUGGGACAAAAUUAACAGAGAGGCUGGCACGGGAACUGUCAGCAAGUUCUUCACCAAGGUGAAUGCGGAUGGAGAGGUAUCGGAGUCCAACCCGAAAACUGCCCCCAAGGAGCGCCUUCUUGUCAUCUGCGGAACCUACUCAAUCGGCAAAGAGCGGAUUUGCAAGGCCAUCGCCCAGGCUUUGGGAAGCAAGAUUUUUGCAUCCAAAUCCAAGAUUCGGAUUUGCUCUAAGCUUGGCGAUCCGGAAUUGACGGCUCUCAUGACAGAUAACCCGUACGAGGCUCAAGUCCAUAUGCAGAUGCUAAUGGAGAUCCGCGCGGAAACCCUCCAGGAGUAUCUGAACUCGUACAAGCCUCACUUUAGCCGCAUUGUCGGGUUCCGCCCCUCCGGCUGGAACUAUCGGCCACAGGGGGCAAGCAAAUCAGUGACGGCCAGUACACAGCCAAGCAUCAUCCCUACGACACAGAUUUUCCAGGCCCAGGCAUGGCGGUCACGGUUCGGGGCGAAGGACUUCGUACCACAGCGCGGCAGUACCAAAGAAGCCAUGUGUUUCGGGGUGCCAUACAGUGAACAUAGCAGCUUCCGAGAGCUGGCAAUGUUCAUCAUGUCACUGCACAUUGAGAAGGUCGUUCCCACGGUGAACGUCGGCAGCGAGGUAUCAAGGAAGAGAAUGAAGGGCUGGAUCGACAAGUGGUUGGCCGAGAGAAGGAAGUGCGGACUCCUCCGCCCUCUUGAGGGCGAAGAGGGUGAGUGCAAGGAAGUCAGGCUUUGGGAUGGCAAAGAUAGCUGUGGAGGAGGUGUCUGGUGGUGA